CAUCUAAAUAAUCCAGAAAUGACACAACCACAAAUCAGUAACAAUCAUAUCGGCGUACUGACUACUCCACACAGUCAUGCGGUGAUACCAUUGCAGGUAGUAGAGCCGGAAAAUGAUGACAAGCCCGCUGAGAAAGCUGAAAGGUUGAAGGUAUCACGAGCGUCGUUUGUAACGGCUUCUGCUGAGGAGUCCAAAUCACUUUUGACAGGAGAAUUCAUUGUUUAA